AGGGUGGGCUGAGGCAGGAAUGGAAGCCGGUGGGGAUCCCGGGCACUGUUCCAUGCUGCCAACCCCAGGCAUGAGAGGAGGGGUCCCUCCUACACGGGCCCCACCUGGCAGGUGCCCAGGGCAAAAGGCUGCAGAGAGGUGGGCUCACACAACUCCUGGGUACUCCAAAGACGGGCAGUGGGGGGAAGAUCAAAAAGUGAGCCAUGGAUGCCAGAGGGGCGCAGUGAGGCCAGGCCAAGGUUGGCGAGCUUGCCAAGGAGAGGACGAAUGAGGAAAUCAGAGCACCCAACACAGGACGGGGGCUGGCAUUCCCGGGGACUGAGGGCAGGAUUUCUGCCCAGGACUGGGACGCACUGGGUCAGGACCCUGCCUUCCACGCACACUCAGGGCAUCACCUCUUACGGCCUCUGUCCCUGCCUGGUCCUCCCCACACCCAGUUCUUGGAGGUGGAGGGGUUGGAGUCCCAGCCACGUCACCGGCUCUCUGGGGCUCCUGCGCGAGGUACGGCCCUGAGCCUCCGUCUCUGCGUUGGUAAUGGGGAUGAGGGGACGGCUUUCUGGAGACGUCUCGAGGACGGAGGUACUGGCUGCACGGUGCUCACUGCGCCUCUUUAAAUGGGGAUGUCUGCACCUUAGGAACAGAGGACCGGGGCAGGUCCCCUUGACCUCAGCCACCAGGACAUCCCAAGGGCACGGGAGUCUCACACGGUCCACUGAAACUGGUCCUUCGGACCCCAUUUGGCAGAUAGGAAAGCGGAGGCUCAGGGAGGCUCCAAAGCUUACCCCCAUCUGGGGGCUGGCAGGGGUUGUCCGCAGCACCAGUGGACACACACCAGGGAGUCUCCUGCAGAAGUAAGCCAACCCAGGGGCAGACUCUUUUCUGCUCUGUGAUGUCUCCCCUGCACCCCCAGGAAUGAUGAGCCUGGGAGGGGCUGAUCAGCCAAGAGAGCUUUGGGGAGGGGCCGGGGGCCAAGACGGGCACCCCGGAGCUCCGCAGGCAGACGUGGCAUGGCGGGGGCAGGCAGAGGGCCUGGCUGCUGAGUGCUACAGCAGGAAGAUCCUGGUGCUGCCGGGGCAGGACAGGCGGUCGAAUGCCAGGCUGGCUUGGCUGUUCCCUCCAGGUGCCGGCUGCACCUCCUGCCCAGGUGGGCGCCACGUCUAAGGUAUGAAACCUCCAGUUACGUGGAGAAUGGGCAGAGCCUUCAGGGAUGUGAGGCUCACAGCUCAGUGGAGCGUGGAGGACAAGGAGGAGGCCGCCCCAGAGCAGUGCCAGCAUGAGCAAGACAGGCAGCCGCAGGCCCAGGACGAGGACGGAGGCGGCCAUGUCCCCGAACAGCCAGAGCAGGAGACACUCCUCAGCCUGAAGGCCUCGGAGGCCCCUGAACUGGAUGAGGAUGAGGGCUUUGGUGACUGGUCCCAGAAGCCAGAGCAGCAGCAGCGCAAGGGGGCCCAGGGCACCCCAGACACUGGGGAGCCCUCCCGGUGCAGGGGUCCUGAAGGGGAGCAAGAGGACAGGCCCAGCCCGCAUGCCUGCGGAAAGGGUGAUGGAGAUGAAGGCCACCUGGGGGAGUUGAGUCUGAGCAAGGAGGGGCCAGACCUGGAGGACACCGUCCAGGACAGCCUGGGGGCCGCCGGGGCAGAGGAGGAACAAGAGCACCGGAAAUGUCAGCAGCCCAGGACACCCAGCCCCUUGGUCUUGGAGGGGACCCCUGAACACAGCUCGCCUCCCCUGAGCCCCACCACCAAACUCAUCGACAGGACCGAGUCUCUAAACCGCUCCAUAGAGAAGAGUAACAGUGUAAAGAAGUCCCAGCCAGACCUGCCCAUCUCCAGGAUUGACCAGCGGCUGGAGCAAUACACCCAGGCCAUCGAGACCUCCGGCCGGACCCCCAAGCUAGCCCGCCAGGCCUCCAUAGAGCUGCCCAGCAUGGCUGUGGCCAGUACCAAGAAUCUGUGGGAGACCGGUGAGGUACAGGCGUCUCAGUCAGCAGCCAAGACACCACCCUGCAAGGAUAUUGUGGCUGGAGACAUGAGCAAGAAAAGCCUCUGGGAGCAGAAGGGAGGCUCCAAGACCUCGUCAACAAUUAAGAGCACCCCAUCUGGGAAGAGGUAUAAGUUUGUGGCCACUGGGCAUGGGAAGUAUGAGAAGGUUCUUGUGGAGGGGGGCCCAGCGCCCUAGGCCUCCCAUCUUGCUUCCUGGGUCUGCAGGUCCAGCCGGGUGGCACCCUCCAUGUACCCAGGGGAGAUUCCGGCCAGACACCCGCCCCCUGCCCUGGCUAAGAAGUCGCUUCCUGUUACCAGCAUGGCCUACCCUCGCCUCUUUGAUGCCCCCUGCUGCCACCUCCUUUUGCUCCUGGACCCUUCAGCCUCCCUGCCCUUCCACUCUCUGACCCCCCGCCUGCCCUGCACCCACCCAACUCUACUUCUCAUUACUUGGGGGAGGAAAGAAACUCCUGAUCAUUGGCCAAAGGGACUUACCCCUGGAGAGGCCAAGUGCCUUCUAGGAAGGUAAGAGGUUGAGUCACAGCCUGUGCAGAGAGGGCAGGUCACCCCCCAGAUCCGAGGGGAAACCAGAUCAAGAGCUGACUGCGGCCGUGCAGGAGGCUUGAGGCUGAGGUCCCCCCACUCUUUGCUUGCUGCCCCCACCCCGCCAUUUGUGUAAUAAAGCUCCCUGUGUAUUCCCGUG